AUGAGUUCUCCUGCACAGGCCGGGCCCUCUUCGCCCAGAGAAGAGAAGAAAGAGAAGGGUUUCAGCAAGCUUCUUACUCGUACCAAGACCUUCCUCAAGAGGGAGGGCUCUUCGACCGCAUCUAAACGCCAGUCUACUGUCGGUACUUCCCAGCCAGCUGCUCCAGCCAAGGCGGAAGAGACUCCCAAGACCAGCCAAACUCCUGUCACUGAGGGCAAGAAGUCUGAUGCCAAGGCUAAAUAUGAAGGCCUGGAGGGCGUUUCCAAGAUGACGAGGAGCCAACUGAUUGAGGAGCGUGCUAAAAAGCUCGGUGAGCGUUAUGGACUUGAUAUCAAUGUUUCCGAACUUCAGACUGGAUCUCCCGACGACACUGUUCUCCGCAUCGACAAGCCGAUCCGUAUGCGCGUUCGACGAACCUGCCACAAGUGCAACGCCACGUUCUCUUCCGCCAAGGAGUGCCCCAACUGCCAGCAUGCCCGUUGCACCAAGUGUACCCGUUAUCCUCCUAAGCGAAGCGAGGCCGAGAUUAUUGCCAGCCGUGAGCGACGUGCCGCCAUCAUCAAGGCCAACAAGGAGAACGCUCCUAUUAUCCCCGACUACUCUUAUGCUUUUGAUGAGAAGAAGAUUGUCCUCACCCGACCUAGCAAGACCGGCGGACAGGACCUGGUCCACAAGAAGCCUCGUCAGCGUGUGCGAAGAACCUGCCAUGAAUGCUCGACCCUCUUUAUUUCUGGUAACAAGACGUGUGCUAAGUGCGGACACGUCCGCUGCACUGACUGCCCUCGCGACCCGCCCAAAAAGGAGAAAUACCCAUACGGUUAUCCUGGAGAUGAGUUUGGUCCCAAUAGUGUACCACACUAUGAGUGCAAGGAGUGUAAGACAAUAUUCCCAACCGGCGCCGAAAAUGGAACGCAAUGCACGAAGUGUGGUUCGGAGAAAACAGACGAAUCGCCUCGUGUUAAACCUCGCAAAGUCGAACCUGAGCCGGACCCAGAGCGAUCAGGCGCCCAUGGCCUUGCUUGGGUGCUAGGGGCGAGCGAGGAACGACUACAGGAAGAUUUGUCGCCCAUCCUAUAA